GCACCAUAGGUGGGUCCACGGCCGUGGUGGCGCUCUUGGUCCUGGGCCGCAUCAUCGUGGCCAACUGCGGCGACUCCCGCGCCGUGCUCUGCCGCGCCGGCCGUGCUGUCCCGCUCUCCCAGGACCACAGGCUGGACCGACCGGAGGAGAUGGCGCGUGUCACGGCGGCGGGCGGCGUGGUGUUCAACUACGGCGGGGUGCUGCGCGUGCAGGGGAUCCUUGCCAAGACGCGCGCGCUAGGGCACAUGCUCCUCAAGCCUGAAGUGAUAUGUGAGCCAGAAAUUACCAUAACUGCGAGGUCGGAGGAUGAUGAUUUCAUGAUCCUUGCAAGCGAUGGAUUGUGGGAUGUGAUGUCAAACACGGUGGCCUGCAGAGAAACCUUGAAAUGCUUAGAAGAUAAGAGCACCAAUGCUGGCACAAUGGUAGGCCGCGAAGAAGAGGUUCGGUGUAUAUGCGCUACGUUCCACCUCACGGAUCUCGCCUUCCGUAUGCAUAGCCGAGAUGACAUAUGUGUGGUUGUGAUUGAUCUAAAGAUCAGGGGUUAUCUACAAAGAUCAGAUCACCAUCUCUACAAGUUACAAAUUUGACCUGAUAGGAAUUCAGCUCUAUGCAAUCAUGGCAAAGCAAAAGCUCUGUUGAUUGGGAUCUUAGCUCUCUAGCUAGUUGGUUGGUUUUAUUCAAUAAAAAGAGUCUGCAGAAUAACUGGUAAUAUGGAUGGAUAAAGAAUUUCCAUGGAUAGAAAAUAGUGUGGUUGUGUGGAAUAAAAAGAUAUUUGUAAAUCAAUGCAAGGAUGAU